GAUCCCAGCCAGAGCGUCCCCGGCUUCCAUCUCCCAGACUCGAACAGCGCCUCGCAGUCUUCUGCGCCUGGCGCAGCCUCGCACAGUCGCCCUACUUGGAGUCAGCGCGGGGUGCUUUGGUGCUGAAAGGUGACUGGAAUUACUGAAACUUCCGGGGAAUGUAGGCCACAGUCCUAAAAGAGAAGGACCAGCCAGCAGCGGCCGACCCCGAGGUCACCGAGUCCCGCUCGGCGGAGCCCGGAGGCCUCUGGGAGUGCGCGCCCGCCCGAGGAGUGCGCAGGCGCACACGCCCCGGCUCGCCAUCGUCCUCUUUGUCUGCUGACCAGUUUCUUUGUGUACCCUGAGGAGCUCCAGUUACUUCUUCAACACCUCUGUCAGUUCAAGGGCUCAGCCUGAAUUCUGGGUGCUGCUUUCACCCCUAACUGUAACAUCCAAGUCCCUAGUCACUAUUUAGAAGUUUGAAAUCACCAGUUCAAAGAAGAACAGCAAUGGAUUGAGAAAGAAAUACUCUCGCAGAGAAGACCUGGGGAUUUAUAAGUAGAUGAAGACACAACAUGAAAGAUUUGUCAAUUUAGUUUCAUCCUCCUCUGUGAAAAUACAGCUAAGGAAAAACAUAGACAGCCUAGUAAACAGAAAAGUAUUUUCUCUGAUCACCAACACUGAUUCUUUAAAAGUACACCUACAUACGUGUGACUACGUUUUAAAGUGUUGGGAACAUAAUUUGUACUUAAAUUAGAGAAGAUGUCUAAGAAAGGAUCCUUAAGAAUUAAAUGAGGAUGCUGUAUUUCUCCAUCUUUUAAUAGUCUAAUCUGCAAAUAACCAGUGUGAAAAGUCUUUCAUCAUAAAUUCAUCAUUACUAGAUACCCAAGAGCUAAUAUUGGAGACGAUUCCUAUAAUUUAGUGAAUGUGGAAAAGCUUUCUUCCAUGUUUCAUAUCAAGAGAUACUAAGGAAUUCUUGUUGGAGAAAAUACCUUUGCAUGAUAAAAAUGUUGGAAAGCCUUCAGCCUGAAUCAGAUCUCCUUCAGCAUGAUCAAAUUCAGACUAGAGAGAUACCAUUUGAGUGUAAUGAAUGUGGAAAAACCUUUAGCUUGAAGCAAAAUCUUACAGAACAUAAGAAAAUGCAUACUGAAGAGCAUUCACACAAAUGUCCCGAAUGUGGUAAGGUGUUCUCCCGAGUCUCAUCCCUUACUCUGCAUUUGAGAAGUCAUACAGGAAAGAAACCAUAUAAAUGUAAUAAAUGCGGAAAAGCCUUCAGCCAGAAAGGAAACUUACUUUCUCAUCAGAAACAUCACACUGGAGAAAAAUCUUAUGAAUGUGGGAAGGCCUCUAUUCAGAUGCCAGGUCUCAUUAAACGUCAGAGAAAUUGUACUGGGAACAAACCCUAUUCAUGUAAAGAAUGUGGGAAAGCCUUCAAUGGCAAAUCAUAUCUCACUGAGCAUGAGAAAAUUCAUACAGGAGAGAAACCAUUUGAAUGUAAUCAGUGUGGAAGAGCCUUCAGCCAGAAGCAGUACCUCAUUAAACAUCAAAAUAUCCAUAGUGGAAAGAAACCCUUUAAAUGUAAUGAGUGUGGAAAAGCCUUUAGCCAGAAGGAAAACCUAAUUAUCCAUCAAAGAAUACAUACUGGAGAGAAACCUUAUGAAUGCAAAGGGUGCGGGAAAGCCUUCAUUCAGAAGUCGAGUCUCAUUAGACACCAGAGAAGUCACACAGGAGAGAAACCCUAUAUAUGUAAGGAAUGUGGGAAAGCCUUCAGUGGCAAGUCAAAUCUCACUGAGCAUGAGAAAAUUCAUAUUGGAGAGAAACCCUAUAAAUGUAAUGAGUGUGGAACAAUCUUUAGGCAGAAGCAGUACCUCAUUAAACAUCACAACAUUCAUACAGGAGAGAAACCCUACGAAUGUAAUAAAUGUGGAAAAGCCUUCUCUCGAAUCACGUCACUUAUUGUACACGUGAGAAUCCAUACAGGUGAUAAACCUUAUGAAUGUAAAAUCUGUGGGAAAGCGUUCUGCCAGAGUUCAUCUCUCACUGUGCAUAUGAGAAGCCAUACAGGUGAGAAGCCCUAUGGUUGUAACGAAUGUGGGAAAGCCUUCUCGCAGUUCUCGACGCUUGCUCUACAUAUGCGAAUCCAUACUGGAGAAAAACCUUACCAGUGUACUGAAUGUGGGAAAGCUUUUAGCCAGAAGUCACAUCACAUCAGACACCAGAGAAUUCAUACUCAUUAAAGCUCUGUGAAUCCCUUGAAGUUAGGAAAACCUUCAACAGAAUUCAUGCUAAUAGUAUUUCAGAAAAUUCAUUUUACAGUAAAGUGUUAUGAAUGUGGCAAGUUCUUCAACAGUGCAAAACUUAAAGCACUGAGAAUUUGAGUAAGCAUACUGUCAUGAAAACCCAGCUCCCCAUGACUCCCAGCACAAACAUUAUUUAUGCUGUAGUUUCGGGAACGUUUUCAUUGAAAUAAGGAUUCAGUCAUGGACACUAAUCAACAUGGUUCUGAAAGACCCACCUGAUGCAUUAAGACAAAGAUAUGAGGUAUUUGUAAUUAGAGGAACCAAAAUUGUCCCUUUUUUGGUCAUGUUUUCUAUAAAUAUAUCAUCAAAUUUAGUUGCUUUUGAUGCAGCCAUAGGGAAGACUGUGACAGAAUAUUGUAUCCAGAAACAUGCAUGCCUUUAUAGGAAAUUGGUAAUUAACAAAGGUGGCAUCAUACGUUGGUAGGGAAAUCAUGGAUUAUUUUCAAAAAUGGUCUCAGGGUAACUGACUCUUCAUAUAGAAAGAGAAUAGAUUUUUGCUGUUGUCUUAAAAUACUGACUCUGAAAUCCAAAAAUAUUGCAGGCUAAUGCAAACAGCAAAACAUAGGAAUUUUGCAGGAAAAUGAUAUUAAAACCUUGGGAUAGGGCAAAAUUUCUAUAAUAGAUUCCAGAAUACCCACUCUUGAAUAUAUACACACACACAUAUAAAACAUCCGUUGAGUGUGUGUAUAUAUACACACAUCCAUAUACUCAAUAAAAUGAAUUUUAUACCUUUAUCUUAUUUGUAGCAUGAAUUAUUAAAAAAUUGGAAACAAAUAUAUGUUGCUUGUGAAAUGGUUAAAUAAAAUGUGAUGUAGUCACACAGAGUAUUCUAUAGUAGUUAAGUACAACAAAUUAUAUUAACAAAGAUCUAAACCAUGUAAAGAAAGGUGAUUACAGUGAUAACUGAAUUAAAUCAACACUAGUAUUCAAUGUUGGUUAUGUUACAUAUUUUCAUGUAAAACUGAAUAAUGGAUUAAAAGGAUACACAUUCAGUUCAUAAAAGUUUUUGUCUAGGAAUUAAAGUGAUGGAAGGGAAGUGGGACCAAGCAUGGUAAUUAAAAAGAAAUAAAGUUUCCAAGUAAAUAUAACAAUGUUAGUUAAUUCUGGGCUGUAGUAUGAUAUAUGUGUUUUAUUGUUUUUGCUAUUUCUUUAAAACUUCUGUAAAACAAAAAAAAAAAGAUAGGCAUAUAUAAGUUGUACAUGGAGUCACACUCCCAGUCAGAUGCUAAUAUGGAAAGAUUUCUAAAAUCCUAUCAUUACUAUAAAAUGAAAUAACUUUUUAAUUGAGGUUGUAGCUUACUAAAAUCAGGUGUUUACUCAUGGCACAUCACUAAGUUAAAGCUUGGUUUUGCAACAGGUUGGAUGAUGUAACAGUCAUAUCAUUUAAUAAUACAUGCACAGAUUUGGUAGAGAGAAUUCAUUUUACUGAAACACUAGAAAUUUUAACGGGUCACAUAACCAGUUGGCAUUACAAAUUGUUGAAAUGAAGGAAGCAUGUUACUUUUUUCUUUUUAAUAUGCCACUGAGUAAAACAUUAACUCUUGCAUUUCAGCUUCAGUUUUGGCUUUAGGUUUAUAAUUUUUUUCUCAGUUCUGCCAAACACAGAUAGCCCCUCUCUCUUUUUCCCCUCUCCCUGUUUGUUUCUUGGGGGCAAAUGGUGCUUUAAAAAGGAGACAGUGAACAUAAAUAACAUUUCAUUUAAAGGAAAUCUUUCUAAGAAUUUCUAUUUACUUGACUUCCCUUUUCACAGUAACCUGACAGAGAAUAUUAUGGUUACUAGCAUUUUGAAGGUUGGCCUUGAGACAAGAUUCUAAGUUAUUUGAGGGGAAUGGCUUCGAUUAUAUUCAGUCUCUCUGUCCUAAAACAUAGUGGGCGUUUGCAUUUGUUCAAACUGUGACUCCUUCAACAUGAGGAUUCUGAACAGAGUAAUUUGAAGCCCAUCCCUGCUUCAUGGCUAGUAAUGUUGCCAAAUAAUAUACCUGUAUAUCUGUAUGUAUCUUAAGUUAUCCUCUUGUUUUAUUCCAUUCCUUAUUGAACAUUCUUUCAUAGUCUUUAAGUAUUUGUCCUGUGCUUGUGCAGCUUUGAAGUGACAAGAGCGCCAAGGAACUAAUUCAGACCAAACUUAGGAGGAUUCCCCUUCCUCUGGUGACUGUUGGCACAGCAAAAAGAAUGACUAUGAUGGUCAGGUAAUGUAAGAUGGAUAGUCUGCUCAGUAGCCUGUGAUACUAUAGACCGUAUAUGCAUUCAGCCACCCCUAUGGAUUCAACUUGUUGCUGGUUAUUUGCCACCGUAAGCAAAAUUAUAAUUAACAGCCUUCUAAUUGACCCUUCCAUUUCAGAUAUUUUUAUUUCUGGGGUAGAGAAUAUAGGUGAGAGAUUGCUAGGUCAAAAAAUACAUGCUACUUGUAAGUUUUAAUAGAGGCUGCCAUUAUCAGAAUGACAAGUUUCUUCUACCCCUGCAAUAAAUAUACCAAAAUUCAUGCUUGUCUGAUGACUAUAAACCUCACCUGCUCCUAGAUUUGCUUCUCUGUAAAUUUUCAUAUCAUUAGCCCAUUUUCUAUAGAAUUACUAUCUUUUUGUCAAUUUUGAAGACCUCGAAAUAUGUUAGAGCAUAGGAAUUUGUCAUAAAAUCCUUUUAUUCAUACAAAUAUUGUUAAAUGUCUAUGUAACCAAAUAUAUUAAUUUUUUCUAAGUUUAUAGAUUAAGAUUUUCAUCUGCAUUGUAUAUGUUGUUAGGUUCUCUUGCACGUUGCUUAUUGUUUCCUUAUUCGAUAUGUAAAUAUUUACUCCAUCUAGAAUUUAAUGUCAUAAGGUAGGAGAAUUAUUUUCUUCAAGAUGGGUUUCUGGUUGUACAAAUGAUUUGUUCCUCUGUUCAGCAGCUCUGAUACCAUCUUCCUGUACACCAGCAGCAAUCACAUAUUUGAAAUGAUAAUAAAAAAGAAAAAUUGGUUUUAGUCCUGCAUUGUUUAUCAUUAGCCUUGUUCUGACAAGAAAAUGACUUCCCAGCUUGCUCAUCAUCAGUGCUAUAACUGUUGGAGCAAGUACUGAUAGCCUCGGUCCUGCACAGCGGAGAAGAGGUUAGAAAGGUGUGGUUCACCUCAGCACUGGGCAGCGCUAACAU